UUUAUGUUUUAUAAUAAGAGUAGUUUAAAUGGACUGUCAUCAUAGUGGGAGAGGAAAAAGAGGAAGAGGUGAAAGAAGGAACCGAGACGAGGACAAAGAUGUUCGUCUCUCCAAAUCUCUGUCUUAUGUUCUGAGACAUGGUGCUGCUAAACUGGGUCUUCAUAUGAGCUCAGAUGGAUUUAUAUUCGUGGAUGAAAUUCUGGCUCAUGCACAGUUUAGCUCAUUCUUACAAGAAGAUGUAGAGAAAGUGGUGGCCACUAAUGACAAACAGCGAUUUAAACUGCAGAACCACCCUGAAAAUGGACGCCUGCAGAUUCGCGCCAAUCAGGGACAUUCUGUACAGGUUGAAAACCUGGAGUUAAGCGCUGUAGUACUGGAUGCUCCAGACUGUCCUCAGGAAGCCGUUCAUGGUUCCUACAUGAAGCACUGGGACUCUAUACGCAGUAAAGGCCUAAGCAGGAUGAGCAGAACACACAUUCACCUGGCACCCUGUCUACCUGAAAAGAGCCAAGUCAUUAGUGGUAUGAGACAGAAUUGUGAUCUUGCUGUGUACAUCAAUGUGCCCAAAGCUCUUGCAGAUGGAAUUAAGUUCUACUGGUCAGAAAACAAAGUGCUGUUGACCCCGGGUGAUGCUGAAGGAUUUCUGGCUCCUCAAUAUUUCUCUCGUGCGCAAAGACUAAAACCAUCAUCUUGCGAACUUAAAUUGGAAUAGUCAGACAUGGAAAGUCUUGAUGGAUAUUAUCAUAAGGAGGACAGGACACUACGAGGAUCUACAGCGACACAGUAAACUUGAACAAUGGGUAACUUGCUGCAACAUGAGCAUGUAAAGUCCUGUUUAAUGUAAUUAUUCACUUCAAGUGUGACAUUACUUAUUGUAGUCUAUUUACUGUAUAUUACAUGUAUGUUUACACUUUUAGCAUUUAGCAGAUGGUCUUAUACACAGUGACUUACAGAAGUGCUUCCUCUGUUCCGCUGUAUUUAUUUACUGUAGUUCAAGUAGACAAUGAUUUAAGAAUACAAAACUGCUGAAACCCUGUUAGAACCAAGAAAUAUCUGGAAGUGCUUUUUGUUUUUGAUAAAUACUAUAGGACAGUGGUCCACAACCACCGGGUCCGUGGGUCAUUUAUUACCAGGCAACACAGAAAGAAUAAAUAAUUAGAGAUCGCUACAAGAGAAUUACAUUUCCAAAACUUUUCUGGUGUUAUUGUCUCCAAUCACCACUAGGUGGGAGCAGAGUCUCAUUGCAUCAUAAAAAGCUCAGCAAUCCCACUAAUUUUCCAUUCUAGAGUUAUUCUAUUUUAAAUCCUCCCGCCCCCGCCGGCCCGUGAAAUUAUAUCUUAUAUAAAAGAUAACGGUCCGAUAUGCAAAAAGGUUGGGAACCGCUGCUAUAGGAUAUUAGUUAGUGCAUGUUAGUUUGAGUUAGGUGCUUAAUAAAGAGGUGUGUAUUUAAUCUUCAGUCUUUUAAAAAUGAUGAUAUUUACAUCGGCAUUUAGCAGGCACUUUUAUACAAAGAGACUUACAGCACUGUGACAGUAUACACUUUAAGCAGUUGAGGGUUAAGGGCCUUGCUCAAGGGCCCAACAGUGGUAGUGGUGGGGCUUGAACCAGUGACCCUUAAAUUACUAGUCCAGUACCUUAAUCACUAGGCUACUAAUUAGAGACUCGUUUUACCACUUGGAUGCUUGUACAGAGAAGAGUCUUGAUCUUUGUCUAAGUUCUUAGUGGUGGAUCAUGACGAGCAGUUCUACAUUAUAUCUUUAGAACUGUAUAUACAGCGAGGACCCAAAGUCUGAGACCACUAGUGAACAUACAUCUAUUUUUCUUGAGCAUUUUUGUUACAAUGGUUACACGCUCAACCAAAAACUUUUUUUGCUGAUGGCAUUAAAAAGUUAGUACGACACUGGGAAAAAUGCAUCGCAAAGGAAGGUGACUGUAGAAAAGCGAUGUCAUUUGUUUUUUUUUAAUUCUUAAGAAAUAGAGUUUAAAAAGUGCAUAAACUUUUCAAAUAUCCCUCAUAGAUAUACAUAAGAAAACACUGAAUUAUCCUGCCAUGAAUGUACACAAACAAACAAACAUCUUAUGCUGUAAGCAGUAACACACAUACUGCUAUACUGUACUGUAAGUACAUUCUAACUACUGUAAGCAGUAGCUUUAAAGAAAAUGUUAAAUUUCAUUAAAAAAAAAAACUAAUAAUAAAGACUGAAAUAUUUAAAUGAAGUAAAAUACUGUGUAUAAAAUGUAAAAUAUUAACAGAUGCUGUAUUUAACACCAAAACACUGGUUAGUAUGAAGAACGUUUGCAUGUUAAGACUGAAUGAUUCUGCCAUGAAUGUACACAAACAAACAUCAUAGCUUAUAUUGUAAGCAGUAACACACAUACUACUGUACUGUACAUUCUAACUACUGUAAGCAGAAGCCCAGAGUAGUUGGAAUUUAAAAUAUUACUAGACUAUCAUUGAAUUAUUAUUGAAAUAUUAAUAGAUGCUGUAUUUAACACCCAAACACUGUAUGAGGUUAGUAUAAAGGAAGUUUGCACUGAGCUGUGUGUCACACCGAACCGUUUGUAAAAAGGCAGCCACAGAGAUAAGAAGUUACUUGACUGGUCACUGUACCAUGUCCUGUGUCGGGCAUGAUAGUCUGCGGUUUCCUUCACUGUCACUUACAAGAACUUGAAAGCCAGAGUAGGAUAUUGCUCAUGUAAUUGUUUAUUGUACACUUGUAAAUGUAUUUAUUUAAAUUAAAAAGUAAGAAA